AUGAAAGAAAAAACGGAAGCGUCGGAGAAGAAGAAGAAAGCCGAUGUGAAAAGAAGAAAAGGAGAGGCAGCGAAAAGGAGAGCCGCCAUUAAGAAAAAGAGAGAAGCGGCGAAGAAGAGUGAAACCACAGAGAAGAAGAGGAAGCGAGACAGUGGUCUGGACGGUGGGUCCUCGUCGAAUCCAACCAAGAGGACUCGGAACCGUGUGAGAGAAACCGCAGCAUCUCCAUCGGAACAUCAAGGCGUUCAUGCCCCCACACCAGCAGCAGAAUUGCCUUCUCAGGGCGAUAGCGAGGGUACACCACGCCCAGUGAUUCCGAGUCAGCCACAAAAAUCGCCAACACCAACUCAUGCAGCGAGUGAGGCUGAGAAUCAACAACAACCUCGAGUAACCUCAGGCUCUGCCACAAAGAGUCCUUCACAUCGUGUAGACGAGCAGAACGGUGAGGAGAUUGGAUCUAAUAACAGAGAUUCAAACGCACCCGAGGUUGCCGUUGAUAAUGACGCUCCAAGAACGGUUGAGAGGGAUGAUAUGACCGUAUAA